AUGUCAAACCGCUGGGUUUUGUGUGUUUUGGCCGUAGCCGCCGUCGCUUGUGCUCACGACAAUUCGAUAAAUGAGGAUAACGAUGUGAAAAACGACGCAGCUGCAGGACAUUACUACCGUGUUCGCAGGGCCUACUACAUACCUUUUAGAACUCCAUGGUAUGGCCAAGCCCCAGGCAACUACGACCCACCUUCACCACAACAAUAUGGUGCUCCCUACAGGCAAAACAAAGUAAGUUACUUUGAUACGGUAAUAUAUGGCUUUAUAUUGAAGUAAAAGUUGAGGUAAUGUUGUAGGAUACUGUAAACUUAUGAACUCUAGUGUAAUCGGAAACUGAUUUUAGAUUAAAACUUGGUUUAAGUGUUAUAAAAGGUCUAAAACAAGAUGACUUGAGUAUACCAUAAUACUGUGCUUGUUUUUCAAAUUUAACUCGAAUUUAAUCCAUAUAUAAACUACUUGUUGCUUUCAGGAUGCCGAAGCUGUCCCACCCUCCACAGCUCCAGACAGUUACCCAGUUGAACCAGAACACCCAGCACCAGCCGGCUCCACCGUCUACAAGCACAUCAUUUAA